GCGCCGCGCCGCGCCGCGCUGGGGCUGACCACUCGCGUUCUGCCUGAGGAGGCGCAGCCGUCGGCGCUGUAGCCACAGCGGAGCUGUUACUGCUCCGAGCCAGCCGCCGGGAGUGGGGCGGCGGCUUCAGUACUCAUAAAGGAGUGAUUUGAACUCUGACCACUCUUUAUGGACACAACACUCACUACAUUAAAUCGCAAACAUGAAUGUUGGAGUUGCCCACAGUGAGGUGAAUCCAAAUACCCGUGUAAUGAACAGCCGGGGUAUGUGGCUGACAUAUGCUUUGGGAGUUGGCUUGCUUCAUAUCGUUUUACUCAGUAUUCCCUUCUUCAGUGUUCCUGUUGCCUGGACCUUAACAAAUGUUAUACAUAAUCUGGGGAUGUAUGUAUUUUUGCAUGCAGUAAAAGGAACACCAUUUGAAACUCCUGACCAGGGUAAAGCAAGGCUCCUAACUCAUUGGGAACAACUGGACUAUGGAGUACAGUUUACAUCUUCACGGAAGUUUUUCACAAUUUCUCCAAUAAUUCUAUAUUUUCUGGCAAGUUUCUAUACGAAGUAUGAUCCAACUCACUUCAUCUUAAACACAGCUUCUCUCCUGAGUGUGCUAAUUCCCAAAAUGCCACAGCUACAUGGUGUUCGGAUCUUUGGAAUUAAUAAGUAUUGAAAUGUGUUUUGAAACAACAAAAAUUUUUACAGCUACUGAGUUUUCUGUAAGGAAGGAAUGGUUACUAAACUGCACUGUUUCUGUGAUAAUGUGAAAUGAGAGGUAGCUACAUUGGAGAGCCAAUUGCUGGUUCUUCAUAUUGCUGUUUUGAAGUGCAGAUUCUUAUGAGAAGAUGCCUUUGUUAAAUGCAUCUGGUAUCCUUCUGUAGAGAGGCUUCAGAGGCAGGCUGGGCAGGCCCAGCUUAUAAGUUAAAUGGCUAUAAAGUAAAGGUGUAGUAGAUAAAUCCAAGGAAAUAAGAGAUUUAUAAGAAACUAAGUCCAGCUUAGCUUAUAAUGAAUGGGCAUUAUGUUAAGAGAAGAAAAUGUUUAAUCAUUCAGUCAUGGUCAGUUUAAGCAGAGUUACAUGUAAACCAGAAUCAUUUCUUUGCAAGUUUAUUAUAGAUUGUUUUUAUUACCAUGCAUAUUCCUUUUGUGUUAUAUAAGAGGAUAUAUAUCCUCUUGUUUUAUACAAACCAAUUCCUACCUUAUGAAUGUACUUUUUUGGUUUUGCAGGCUCAACAUUGUGUUGAUUAGAUGAGUUCAUUUUUACAUUUAUUAAGUUACUGAGUUCAUGAAGGUCCACCUUCACGACUGAUUGAUGAUAGAAGAUAGUUAGGCACCUUAGAAGCAGCCUCUGAGUCGGCCUUCUAAUUUUGGAACAAAGUGGGUUUUGCUGCCUUUCCAGAUACAAGGCUGCUAACCUAAUUAAGAAAAUAAUUUAUUUCUCGUAAUUAAAGUAUAUGGUAGCUUAAAGGUCUGCUGAUUUGGUUGAGCAAUCUAAUUGUUGAAGUCUGCCAUUCUUUAGCGAUGGAAAUUUAAAAUGGACAACUACAUAGCCAACCUGUGAUCUGGCAGAAACUGCUUCUCUAGCAAUACUAUCAGAGUAAAUAAUGGAGUCUUUUUUUAGCAGGUCUGCAGUAAAAGAUAUCUUUUCUUAGUCAUCCUGCUCUCAAUCUCCAUACUUUGCCCAUUAACAUUUUGCCUGUCAAUACAUGAGUCUUAGUAUAGAUAACUCAGAAUGGUAACUAUUUCCAAAGCAGCAACCGUAUAUACUGAAUCCUUGUGACUUAAGAGAAGCUUUCUAUAGUUGCUGACGUUAAUUGCAAGAAAUAACUAUAUUCUACUUUGAGAAAUAAACAUGUCAAAAAAAGUAUAUGUGGCGAAACUGAAAAACCUAGUAACAUUUGUAAGCAAAAUUGAGUGAAAAGAAUUAUAAUACCAACUUAAAAAUCAAUUUGUUUCAAACUGACUUUUGGGGGUAAUGAUCAUUGUUUUGUAUUUCAAAAGUAUUGAGUUUAGAAAUCAGUUGUAUGAUAAUGCUUUUGUAUGUUUGUCUUUUCUCAUGUAUUUUUAAAUAACCAGUAAUCUGUACUUUAAUAAAUUUUUCUUUGGUGUAA